AUGCGGACAGAUCGCAUCUUGCAUUCCGACGGCAGCGGGAUGUAACCGCUGCUGACUUCAUGUCUCCGAGCCGCGUUGUGAAGGAAUAAAAUGUCCCUGGUGAAGGAGUCCGGCUCUUGUCCUGACGGUUACCGGGCUCUGAGCACUAGUGAGCUGCGGGAGCUUCUCCAGGACGACGACAAAAUGGACCAAAUCAUCCGACUGAAUGAAACGUUCCAGGAGCUUCAGGUGGACAGGGAGACGCUGCUGACCUCCAACCGGAACUUGGCCGAGGAGAGCCUCGCCCGGCGACCACGUCUUAAUAACGGCAAACUCCAGCUGGCGGAGAAAUACCGGGAACUGUCCAACCUGGCAACCACAUGCUGGGAAAAACGGAGUCGGCUCGAGGCCCGCGUCCAGAAGCACAGCCUACAGACGGCACAGAACCUCCUGCAGGAGGAGGUGGCACGCGCCGAGGAGCAUUCAGAGGAGCUGCUGGAGAAGUUCAUGGAGGGGAACGUAAGCCUGGAUGAUUUCUUGGACUCCUUCCAAAGUUCCAGGAAGACGUAUCACAUCCGCCGGGCACAAGCGGAGAAGAUGCAGGAGAUCGCUCAAGCCAAGCGGCAGCAGAGCAAAGCCAAGACCGGGGAGGAGGGCAAAGUUCCAGAGGUGAAGAAGGACUUGGAACAGCCGAAGGAGCCUCAGCGGCCCAACGGCUUUGUGGCACAGGGACCUUUGAGAGUGUUCCAGGUACGCUACGGCCUCACGCCGGCCAUCCUCCUCCCUCACUACCCAGUUUCCCCCCCUGCCUCGGCACCAUGUCAUCCAAACAGUACUCCUCCACCUGAACCUCACCUGGGACAGACCCACAUCCUCAGCCCCAGCAACGCACUCCCAGGACACGGUCAGCCAGUCGGCCUCAGGGUCAUCGGACAACUAUCAGGGGGCUGGCCGGCUAAUGGACGACCGGUAAGACUCCAACAGCUUUACAGGCCAAACCCUCAACAGCCUGAGCCGCCAUUCCGGUAAGCAAGAAGAGGGGAUGUAGAAGAGGAAGAGGAGGAUAUGCAGGAGGAGGAUGAAAAGCCAGUUUGAGAGGUCUUCCAAGAUAAGGAAUAACCAAACAGAGGCUGUCGCAAAUCGUGAUAGCUAAGACUGAUCCAGAGGCAGAGAACUCUGCUGGUGUCUGUUUCUGUUCUCCAUCCACGGCACGCACACAAAACCAUCAGAGCAGAGGCGGGAGCGACAGUGAGAGCAAGGACAAAAAACAAAAAAAAAAUGCUUUUAUUUAAUUACAACUCAAACAAGUCUCACAUCAAACCUUUUAUGUCGCCUUGUUUGCUCAUCAGGAAAGAGAAAUGGAAAUGUGCCGCGAGAUGGAACUUUUAACGACCAGUUUAUCAUUUAUUUAACACACGCGAGACAAAGGAUUCAAAAAGGAAAUUCAAUGAAACGCCAUCGAGCCUCAUCCUUAGUGUUUUUAACAUUUCUUUUUUUAUACUUAACAGUGAGGGAUGUGAAGCACACGGUUGUGAAGCACAUAAAUAACUAAAAUCUUAUUGUUAAUUCAUACAGCGGAGGCUGGGUGUCUUCACAACAAAGUGAUAACAUCAUUAAAGUGGUGUUUAAUGUAAAGCGACUGUUUUUCAUCCAUCAGAUGAGACGUUCAGGAACUGCGCUCCAAGAUCAAGAAGGCUCAUUUCAAAUCAUCACAAAGUUCAGACGAAGACAUACUGUAAAGCAGAGCAGGAGGUAUUUAUUAACAGUUGCCAGACUAUAGUAACAUGUCAAGUGUAUUCCCAGUGUCCUGUGUGUGUGCGCGUGUGUGUUAUCGUCACAGACGAUUACCCAAAGCCUUCUGCCUUCCCGUGCAUUCUCGCGAUCAGUGUUGCAGCUCACACACCAGUGAGCCUUUUUAUUUAUUCAUGUAAAUCCUAUUUUAAACGGCUGACUUCAAAGAUUCUCGUUUACCGUGCUAAAUGAAGAGCCGCGUCUCCUUUUUUCAAGGUAUUUAAUUCUCCCCACAACUGAGGUGCAGAUGGAGGGGAGGAUUUAAUCUCUGUGAGAAUACCAGCGCUCUGCAAAGCCCCCCCUGCAGUCGACCGCGAGGACGUUCCUACCGUUUUUCCGUGUCCUCACCAUCCAUCAUCCAUCCUUCAGCAUUUAAAGGGAAAAGGCCUUGGAUUGUAGUGAUAAAGGUUCUGAACAUACAUUUUGCUCAUUAAUAACUCAUAUAAGUGCAUGCUUACUACAAGUACAUGAAAAUGCCUUUUGGAGGCCAGUGCCCAGUUGCAUUAAGUACCUUAAAAAGUCUUUCUACUGUAAAGAAAAAGGAGUUUGGAUUUAACUUAUCUCGUUAUUUAAGUACGGCAAUCUUAUUGAGGAGCUCCCCUUUUUUAUUUUACCAUUUGUGUGCCAUAUUGCUCCUAAUUUCCAUCUGACAAAUGAUAAAAUAACAUCCUUCUUUUCUUCAAGGUCACACCUCAUUUUAAGUAUAAAUUAAGAAAAACCGAGAUGUAAGUGUUUUUGAUGAUGAUAUGUAACAAAAAAAAACCUGUAAAACUCAUGUUUGCUUAGUAUUCUGCAAGAUUUCAGUCUGGAUCAUAAUUAUUCAUUAUGAUUUGUACUGGACCUUUCAGACACAUUUAUUCUCUGUCUCCCUGAGAACAGGCUGAACAGAUUGGUUGAGCUCGUGUCUGUGCAUUUAUAAAUAAUGAACUUAAAACCAAGAGACUGUUAGCUUAGUUUAAACAAUGGUAUCAGGGGAAACCGCUAGCCUAGCAACGUGCUAUGGUAAUGCUAGGUUAAUAUUCCAACAUGAUUCAAAUGUGUUGUUUGUCCAACCGAAAGUCCAAAACCUGAAUAUAUUAAUGGAAUAUAAUAUAUUACUUUAUUGCUGACUAGAAACUUCAUGUGUAAAGAAUUAUUUAGGAUUUUGAAGCUUAGAGGGGUUUUUUCUACCUAUGGUUCGAACCAUCUUAGCUGUUCCUAUUUGUUUCCUAUCCUUAUGCUAAGCUAAGCUAAUGACUGCUUGCUGUAGUUAUAUGUUUACAGCACAUGGUAUAAAGGUUUGAUAAGACUGAGUCAUGCUAGUGGGCUAGCUGUUUCUAUUUAUGUCCAGUCUUUAUUAUAAGCUAAGCUAACAGCUGCUGGUUGCAGUUUGAUUAAGUUGGGCCAUAUUUCUCCUGUCUUAAUGCUAAGCUAAGCAAACAGCUGCUAGCUGUUGUUGCAUAUUUAUAAAACAAACAGAGAAUAUUAAACCUUUGAUGAAAAUGGGCCAUGCUAGCUGUUUCUAUUUGUCUCCAAUCUUUUCCCAAAGUUAAGUUAACAGCUGCUGGAUGCACUUUAGAGAUUAGAAUUGGGUCACACUUCUACUCUUUAUGCUAAGCUAACAGCUGCUGGCUGCAAUUUCAUAUCACAACACAGACACUGGCUGUCCAACUCUGGUGAAAUUAGUUCAUAAUUUCUACUCUUUAUGCGAAGCUAACGGUCAUUUACAGUACAAAGACCGAAUGGUAAACGUUGAUGUAACUGGGCACAACCUCCAACCAAACAUGCAGUUGUGUAUCCACUCAGGGUCUUUGGAGAAAAAAUAAAAAUGUGUUGCUGCGUCUUAACUUGUAGCACAGUCUGGACCCUGGGAUUUCGUACCCAUGGAUCUCAUGUUGAUAUAAUCCCUAAUCCCCCCAUCCACACCUUUUUACAGGCGCAUGUCAGAGACGACCAUAACGGUGAAAUUGUAAAAGAAAAUCACCUUGAACAUUCCAUCUUUGCAUUAAGAUUUGACUGAGUUUUGUGAUAAAUUGUUGUGAUAGUGUAACUUCUUGCUUUGUUUUACUGGCGCCACAUUUUCCUGCUAUUUUCCUGAUAAUUUAACUAAUAAUUUCCGAAAGAAUGACCUGUAGUUGUUGUGCAAAUAUGGAAAAAAUGGAAAAUUCAGGAAAUGAUAGUUGCUAAUUAAAGUAAACUACAACCAACAACCACAACAAUCUUACAAUUUUAUGUAAAUAUAUUUCUUGGAAAUGUCAUUUCAAUUUACAGCAAAAUACAAUGGAAUUUUUGGGAAAUUAUGAGAAAUGUUUCCAGGAAAAUAGCAAGAAAACAAAGGACGUGUCCUUGUUUGCUUGUUUUUAAACAGUGCUGUCAAGCAAAAUAUUAUUAUUAUUAUUAGUGUUCAGGCCGGAUGAUUUAUGUAACAUUGGACACUUGAGUGUUUGAAAUGUAAAGUGCUUGUUUUCUGUGCUUUUGUUCGUUCAGUCUGUUUCUAUUGUGUCUCUCUUUUCUGUUGGAGAUUCACAGCAGCCUUCUUCCACACACACAAACAGCAGCAGUAAUAAUAAUAAUAACAGGUGAAUGAAUGUUGCUUUUCAGAUUGAAAUUCAAAUAAAGUGCGCCCAAAGGCUCCCAAA